AUGUCCUUGCGGCGUGUCAGGCUGUUGGUGGCUGGUCUUGCUACUGCACUCGGCGACCUGCCAACUUGGGAGUGUGUGACAAAACGCUCAUGCUCCAUUCAGUUUAGCGGUGACAACGUCACGGCCGAAGAUCUGAUCUUGGUGAGCACUUCGGAGACUUGUGACACCUGCUUUCGAACCGAUGCCGGUGUAUGCCCAUGGCUCGAUGGAGACAGUGGUGUUCAUGGACUCAUCAUCUGUCAAAUCGGCAACACUACAACCUGGCGAUGCCAGGGGGCUGGAAAAGGAGAUCGUGUCCUCUGCCCGCCUGACUACCAGAUGUGUGCGAAGAGGGCCUGUGGAGGAGGGCGUGACUUCUGCUGUGAUGAGAUUACCACCGAGUCAACUGGCCUCGUCCCGUGCCGAGACAGUGCUGGCCCGCGUCUUUGUCGAUAUAUGUCGCUGCAGAACCUGAGAGCUACCGUCAACGCAACGCAUGGCUUUGUGGAACCAGGCGCCCACGCCGUUUGUCGUUGCAGUCCGGCCGACUUUGCUGCCGGAGCCGCGGGUCAAAAGCUUGGAACCUUGCACGUCGUCGGCCCCAGCGCUCUGCACAAGCAGAGCUGUAUGUCCGGGGCGCGCCGAUGCUAUGCGGAAACCACGAACGCAUUCGGCCUCUCCAUGGUGACGUCGCUGUUCCAGGUGACGCAUGCCGCCACGUGCGCCGAUAUGGAGGCAGAAACGUCGCAGUCUGAUGCUGAGAAGUUCCGGUAUCAGUGGAAUCCCGACUUUUCCGGGGCGUACUUGGACACCUCCCAUACCGGACGGAAGUGGAUGGCUGAACAGGAUCCUGGUAUAUAUAGACUCUGCUGGUGUCAAAAUGAUACGGAAGGUGCCUGUGAGUCUCUUUCCGACUUCAAUGUGUCUGCCGGACAGUUGACUUGGAGCGGGCCAUUUAAGAAGGAAAUGCCGAUGCUCGCUACCAUCGGUGACGUCUUCGAGGUCGAGUUGUCAGGAGUGGGGAUCAGAUCCAACAGUGUCCUAAGCAUCCAAAAAGAUUGCGGAGGCAGUGAAGGACCACGGGUGUGGGUACAGGCAGUUCAGUCUUCUACGAAGUUCCUCUACAAUUUCGGCCAAGUCGCUGAGGACAUAUUGCCACCUGGCACGUACAGUGCAUGCUGGUGCGAGCCGACUCCCAAUUCGGUUUGUUCGCUGGCGGCGGAUCAGUUGACCCAAGUUGCAGAGGUCCAUGUUCGCUGUCCGCUUGGACAGUUCAGCCCCGGUGGAACGGGAGCCUGCCAACAGUGCGACUUUAUUUGGGAAGAGCCCAACCAAGCCCGAAACGACUGCAGCACCCGGGCCGCGAACGCUGGUCAGAUCGUUGGUCUUUGCCUCUGCUACCUCCUUGGGUGGGCCCUCUUGUGGUAUCAGAUGGCCUACUUCGUCGAGCCGGGGUGCAGACGUCUGAGCAUCUCAGGGCGGAAGGUGCACAUUGCCGACAUCUCCUCCAAGCCCUCAGAGAACGGAGACUGGACGGCCUUCAUCACCACCGUCCAGCCGCAUCACUUCACGGCCCGCUUCGGCACCUUUCCCAUCUACUUCUACCAGACAGGCCACUACCAGCUCGACCGGAAGCCGAAGCCCGGUCACUUCCUCUACAGGGCGAGGUCCGUCGGACCAAAUCGCCUCCAGCUCCUCGACGAACAAGGCAACUCGGUGGCCAGUGCCGACACCUCCCGGGGUUACUUUGUGCUGCGAUACGCUCGUUGUGUAGUACACACCGAUUUACUCCGCGGCAUUCCUGUGCUCCUGGUGGCCUCCGUCCUUCUGCUGGCUUCAGCCGCCCUGCUGGUUCUUGCCAACCUGCAGAGCGAGCCAACAUUCCGAACUUGGGGCGGGUGCUUGAGAGAGAAACCAUCGCCCAUACAUCAGUCCAUCCAGGUCUUUCUAAGGGACCUCCAGCGUCGGAACCCGAACCCGGUGGCAUGCAAGAAGGGUCCUGAUCGUGCGCUCACGGCUUACCAGAUCUUCGACUUGAUGCAGCAGUUUCAGCAGUACAUACGGGAUCGGAACUUGUAUUACAUCGACUCCAACAUUGUCCACCCGUUGACCUUUCAUGUGAAGUUGUCACUUGCCGAGCUGCUGGGCCCCUCCUCAGUCGCCUGGUUCGUGUCUCACUACUGGGGCACCAAGUUCGCUUACACGUGUGAUGCUUUGAGACGCCAUGCCGAGCACGCCACGUCAGGACAGAAGGGGACCUCCUGGCAAACUAUCUCGUACUGGAUCUGUGCAUUCAGCAACAACCAGUACCAAAUAGCGCAUGAGCUCGGCACCAGUCACAAGGAAUCCUCGUUUUACCUGGCCUUGCACAGCCCCGUUGUUCAGGGGACCUGUAUGAUCUUGGAUGAGAAGGCCUUGCCGUUGACGAGGUCCUGGUGUUUGUUUGAGCUCCUCCAGACCGUGCUCCUGGAGAAAGAACGCGAGGACUUCAAGGGCCUCCAGUUCUGCACAAACACCGGCAUUGUGAACUUUGGGCAGGCUACGACUGAGGUGGCGAUCACCAUCGGGAAGCGGCUUGCCGACUUGUCCCUAUCAGAAGCUGAGGCGACCUGCGUGGAGGACCAAGAGACCAUCAAGUCUCUUGUCGUUGAGGAGAUGGGCAGCUUCGACGAGAUGGAUAAGAUUCUCGACAUGAAGAUUAAGGACGCCCUGGUGAUUUGCAAGAAAUGCACCAACGAGGAGUUCAAUC